CACAGACACCAUUUACAUCGAGCUGGUCUUCUCUCUUCUGGGUUUCUCGGGAAACUUCUGAGGACUGAGCAAAGGAAGUUCCAGCCCAUGUUUGGAAAUCCCGGCGGCAGUGCGUCCGUCCGCGCGAGGUAGUACUACAGGGAACAGCUGCAAGUGUCGGACACGCACCGUGACUUACUCCGGGAUAAACCAUUAGAAAACUCUUAAUCAUCAUGGCCCAGGCGAAAAUACAGGCAAAAAUGAACGAGUCCUCCGGCAGCAAAUUCAGCAGAACACUGUCCAUGGCGGAUCGCUCUGGAAGACUGCUCGAAACUUUGGAUCAGCUGGAAAUGAGGGUGGAGACUUUGCGCGACACAGCAGCGGCCAUGGAACAGGAAAGGGAGAGCAUCCUGGAAAUGAUUCAGUCUUUAAAAAACAGCCAAGAAAUGCGCAAUAUAUCUGAUGGUGAAAGAGAAGAGUUAACUUUAACCGCAGAGCGCCUGAUGGGGCGGACUCUGUCAGUGGAGGUCUGUGUGGGUACAAUCAGAAACUCCCAGCAGGAGGACGCCCUGCGCAAGGCCACAUCAAUAAUCAAUGAGAUUGUGAAGAAGUUACUGGAUGACAUGGAGGGCGGGCGGCGGUGUCUGCAGGCUCUGCACGCAGCAUGUGUCACGGAGGCGCCGCCUGUGCCCAUUGACCAAAAGUUUCAGGCCCUGGUCAUCAGCUGUGCUCUGGAGGACCAGAAGAAGAUCAAGAGGAGGCUGGAGAUGCUGCUGAGGAACACUGAGAACGCUGAGGAUAACAUUAAGCUAAUGGACAACUUAAAACUAGAUGAGCCCAGAGUCAAUGGACUGUAACGCUCGCCGACCUGUGGAAAAGAUGCCUUUUGUGAAGUGUGAACUGCAGCACACACAGAAUUUUGUACGAAAAUAAAUUUACUUUUUCACUGUUGCACCCAGUAUGGUUUACAUUACACUACCUCUUUUAGUGAAGGCAUCACAAAUCACACACGACACUGUAAAUGUUUGUACAAAAAUUAAAUAAAUAGAGUUCAUUAAA